CUUCCAAACUGUCAAGUACAGCAACCUUCACGUAGCUGUCCAUGUAGUAACUGUAUCAGAUUGUAAAAGUGUUACGAAGAGCAAAAACAAAGUGGUUGGCUCAUUUAUUACCCCGUUCUGCCGAUAGGUUAGUGGUUGGAAAUGUAUUGGGCUGCAUGGUUGCAACUGGACAAGUUAUCUUUCAAAUUGGAAAUGGUUUGACAGCUCGCUGCCUAUGCCUUGCCCACGAAGGCGCCCCAACAACGGAACAUGUCGCGACGGAGUAUGAGGCUGGUUUUAGGGGGAUACUACAACCAAUCCUCCGAGGAUGACGAAUCCUCCUCAGUUUCCUACAGGGAGAGCCCUGUGAGGGUCUUUACCAAGAGGAAGAGAGGGGGUCAUAACGUGGCCUCCACUCGUACCUCCAGCCGGGCCAACAGCCUGGCUAGCACCACUAGCACGAUGGAGCCACUCAGUACUGCUGAGGACAACAUUGGGGUCUCAAGUUUGGUUCAGAGGAGGAAGACCUUCCAGGAGCCUCCCAGUGUGGCUCCAGCACCAGCCCCCAGCCUGAAUCUGGCUCCUAGCCCCAGGGGCUUCCCCUCCUGCCAGACCAGCCUUAACCAGGCCCAGAGCCAGAGCAGUGCCAUGGACAGCUCUGGUUACUCCUCUUCAGAGGCAAGACGUUUCAAAGGACACUCUGGAUACACCUCUUUGUACGGACAAAGGGCUAGCACCAGCCAGAGCUCUGGCGCCAGCAGGAAAAGCGCCAGCUGGACCCCUCCGUUUGUCCCUGCCGGUGUGGGAAAGGCCAUUCUAAUUGCCUUCCUCGUCCUCUUGACUUUUGGCUGCUGGCACCUUGCCCCCUUAGUAUGGUCCACCCUGACUCCGACUAUGACCCUGAACCGACCAGUCAUAACCCCGACUCCACCCCCUGUCUUCAGUCUGCCUCCCAAGGCUAUGGAUGAAGCGUCGGUAUUCAAUUCUGCUUUGGAAGCCAAGAUGAACACCAUCCUGACAGAAAUAGAAACUCUUAAGAAGAAAGACCACCAGCAGAAAUUUGUUACCGAGAUGGUAGAGAGACUACAGACAGACUUGACAGACGUGAGGACAGACAUGAGGAAUGUGAGAGUGAACAGUGUGGAUCCUUUGGAUUGGGAACGUCGUUUGAGCCAGCAGACAGCCGGCUUCUCCAGUCAGGUAGACGACCUCAAGGAGCAACACACACAUGUCAGGGGGAGAAUCGCUGCCCUGGAGGACCAGACUGCCACGCUGCAGCAACAGGUCUACUCUGUCCAGAACCAGCCUCCCCCAGAGCCCGGCCCCACCAAAGCCAACGCACACCUGACCACCGAGCUCAAAGAGGCCAUGGCCAAAUGGCUGCAUGAGAAUUUGCCCCAUAAUGAGCCACGGAUAGUGAAAGAGAUUGUGAAGGACUGCAGUCCUCCAUUGGCCGACAGGAUGCCGGACUUUGCCUUAGAGUCCCAAGGUGCAAGCAUUGUGAGCACUCGGUGUUCCGAGACGUACCGCACUCGCUCGGCAUGUGUGACCUUCCUGGGCAUACCUCUCUGGUACUCCUCUGAGAGCCCCCGCACUGUUAUCCAGGGCCAGCCUGCGCAGGCUGGGAAGUGUUGGGCGUUCCACGGUGCGCAGGGCACCUUAGUCAUCGCCCUGUCUCAUCCCGCUCGACUCACCCACGUCACCCUGGAACACCUGCCUGUAUCCACCGCCCCCACCGGACGCAUCGACAGCGCCCCCAAGGCCUUCUCUGUCUAUGGUAUGUCCACCGAGACAGAAGACGGCACCUGCCUGGGAACCUUCACUUAUGACCAGCAUGGAGAGCCAAUCCAAACCUUCCAACUGCCCAACCCUACCACAGCCAUCUAUCGCUAUGUGGAGCUGCGCGUUCUGAGUAACUGGGGUCACCUAAAGUACACGUGCGUGUACCGUUUCCGUGUUCACGGACACAUGGCCCCAUCCUCCACAUGAGAAGGGCUCACCGUCCACCGUCUACCCCAUCCGCAGACCUCAGAGAGGCUACGCUUUCAUGUUCCGUCAACAUCAUGACAGAACAGUCUAAAUAAAUCCCUCUAUUUUGCAGAAUCAGGGUGAUUUCAUACACUGGCUUCUGUCUAGUGCGAGGUUAGAGGUCGUGAGGUUAAAGAUCUAUAGUGAUUUUUUUUUUUGUGCUGACCUGGUGGGAGUAAGGGGAUGGGUUUUUCUGAGAUCGAAGUUUGUGUGCGUGUGCUUUUGAGCAUAGAUUGUUUGUUUGCAUUUUGUCUGGCCACAGCAGGCAGACAUUUCAGAUUGUACCUUGAAGGUGUGUGUAUAACAGUCCUGCCUGUGUUACUGGACUCUUAUUCAGUUAUUUUGUUUUCUUUUAUUUGUAUCUUAUACAACAGUUGAAUUAUGUUGAGAACGAACGUUGUUGUGGAUGUAUAUUUUGGAAGUAUCAAGAUGUUGUUAAUAUAUUUUAUUGCGAUUAGGAUGUAAUGUGGUUGCAAAUGAUUAUUUUCUGUUGCUCUGAAUGACUAUAGAAGUUUUUGAAGUAUCUUGCCAAUAGGCAUCCUAUUGAAGGAUGUAUGAUAUGAUUUGAGAUGCUUGAUAUACAGGCGUUUCCGUUUCCUUACACACUAUUACCGAAUGGAAAGAAAUAGGCAGGGUGAGUAUCCAUGAGUAUUGUCUUUACUCAAAAACGCAUCUUAGUUUUACAUGGCUUGUCACGUUUAUUUAUUUAAAGUUACUCUUUUAAAAUGUAGCCUUUUUGUUGUUGUUGAACAAUUAAAAUCAUUUUGAUAGUAGUGAAAGCACAUCCAGGGCAACUUCCCAGAUGCAAGGUACAAAUCAUAGAAAAUAAAUACAUAUUUUGUCUUGAGUAACUCUUUCCUCUCAAAAGCAAUGAGGCCAUUUCAAUGUCAGUGAGUCCAAAUGUCAGGGUUUCUACUUCCAAACAUUUGUAAAUGGUACAAAAGUAACCUACACAUUGCUAUUGUAUGAUUUAAAUCAUCUGAAUGUUUUUAGGAGUCAUGUGUAACUUUUUGUACAUUUACAGUAUUAUUAAUUUAAACAUUUUGCAGUAGUGGUACAGACUAACAAAAGUGAUUGAUUGUAAGAAAAUAAUAAUAUGAGAAAAGAAUCAUAUGAUUUGCUCUCAAUAGCACUUUGAGGUAUUUGUUUUGAUCUGAAGUUACAACUCCGGGUCAAUUUCUGUUUACUUAUUUUCUGUUGAAUUGGACAAAGAAUGUUUCCAUUAGGAAUGCAAUUUAAAUUCCUGAAAUGACUGGCAAUAUAUACAUAAUGAAUGUGUAUGACAUCUUUUUCUACUCUUUUUAAAAUACCCUUUUUGUUUUGUUGUGUUACUUUCAUGCAAUAGUUAUUUGAAAGCGAGGCAUCUUUUUAACAGGUAUUUCAGAUGUUUAGAAUUGGGUUUAAAAAAAAAUUGUUUAGCUAGGUGUGUGUUCAAUUGGCACAAAACAGAAUCUUUGUUUAUUAUUUUUUUUAAACAGUAGGAUUUAAAAAAUGUUGGUAGUACCUGAACUUGUUCCAUAAAAAAAAUGCUUAAAUUAUUUUAUUGCAAGACAUUUUUGCUACAUGGUGCUCAACAGAACACGGCCCAGGUGAACAUCGUCAUAUUUAUUUAAUUAGGGUCUUUGUGUUUUUAUUUAUUUCUUUAAUCAGUGGUCCAACUUAUUUAAUUGAUUUGUUAUUGAUGAUGCAUCAAUAUUGUAGCAUGUAAUUAAUGCAGGCUAAUAUAUUGAGACAGCAGAAGUCUUCCCUUUGACUGUUAUAGCCGGGGGUGCUGGCCUGUGGUAGAAUAAGGUUAAGAGUGACAUUGAGGUGACUAAUGAAACCUAACUUCUGCUUUUACCUCCUGAUUAUUUUCACUGCAAUCGCUCAGCAAUUCGAUGCAUUCAUUGAUUUUAUAUAUAAGAUUUUGGAAAGAUUAUAUUUUAUUUUGUUAAAGUAUAGCAAAGUACUAUGGUGCUUAGGUUUUAUACACACCAUAGCCUUAAAUCACAGGGAUUCACAUGGAGUUAUGUCACUAGACUCUCUGAAAUGUGCACUUGUUCACUUUCUAUCAGGGAUUGCUUUAAAAAAGAAGGGUCAUCUGGAAUUGUUACAUCCAUUUUUGGACUUUAAGAUGAACUAGAUGGUCCAGCUAACCAUAAUGAUAGAUGUGUGUUACUGAGAUGGUGUUGAUAGUGUCCAUGUGCUUGUGUGUCGUUAUUUUUAAAUACAUUUGCAAAAAGGUUCUAAACACCCGUUCUUGCUUUGUCAUUGUGUGGUAUUGUGUCAUUGUGUGUCAUUGUGUGUCAUUGUGUGGUAUUUUGUCAUUGUGUGGUAUUGUGUCAUUGUGUGGUAUUGUGACAUUGUGUCAUUGAGUGGUAUUGUGUCAUUGUGUGGUAUUGUGUCAUUGUGUGGUAUUGUGUCAUUAUGUGGUAUUGUGUCAUUGUGGUAUUGUCUGUAGGUUGAUGAGGGGAAAAACUAUUUAAUACAUUUUAGAAUAAGGCUGUAACAAAAUGUGGGAAAAAGUAAAGGGGUCAGAAUAAUUUCCUAAUGCACUGUAUUCAUAGUUUGGUUGAAUAGGAAAUACAUCAUAUUUAAUAUUUUGUACCAUAUUUGUACUGUGUACUUGCUUGUGUCUUUGAAAGUGACUACACCUCAGCAAUUUAUAACUAUAAAGUUAAGAUUUUAACCAGCAUUACUUGUUAUUGUUUAUGGCCUGCUCAUGAUAAAUAAUUACUUUAGGCAUUACUUCGAUUACAUUUAGUUACAUUUAAUAUGAAGUGAAAGCCCUGUACAUUUAUUGGACCCUGAUUCAGUGAUUGAUAGGAGUGAUGACCAAUGGAGCUGAGUUUUCACCAAUAACAUUACCAGGGUGGCUGUAGAAAAGGCCCAUGGAGUUGGUGGAAUACUCCUUUAAUUCAUUGCCAUUUACUCAGCUGGGCCAGGGGCACUUUAAUUAGGUCAGGUGGAAAUGUCCGACAGAUCUCAACUCCAUAAAAGGAGGAAAUUGCCAUCGCCUGAUCUCGCUGCUUUCUCUUCCUUAACUCCAUCUCAUCCAGAAGUUCUGUGCGUCCAUGAAUCCACCGACUCUUACCUUUCAUCUGAAUUAUCAGUUGCGAUCGGGAGAGUGGGUCAUUCAGUUACUGUUAAUAGUUAUUACCGCGGAGCGCAGCUUCAAACAUAUUGUGUAAUGUGAAUUGUCAAUGAUCACGGAUCGUCAUAGGCCAAUUAUGCAAUCGAUAUGGUUCAUGUGUAUUGAAAUGAAUUAUAUGUACACGAAGACAAUUGAAAGAGUGAAAUGAGAAACGUCAUUGUUUGCUAACUGAUUGACUUUGAUCAUGGAGAUUAUAGAUUGUAUAACCAUUCACUGUUUGUAUUCUUUCAUGAUUUAUGAUAAAUAGUUAUGAGCCGAAAUGACUCGCGGAUGAUUACUAUUGACUUCUUAAUGAACUGGACUGUUGAAUUACUUAACUUAUGUUAAUAAUGACUGAUAUGAUUUGAUCUUUGAUUAUGAAUUUGAUUGUAUACAUGUUAUUUGUUUCCUUUGUGAUGCAGCACAGACUACUCAGUAAAUAUACCACUUUAUGGUUAAA